CAAUAACAACGAUGGUAUAGUUAUCCAGGAAUUUUAUCAAUGCCGUAUAUUCAACGAAAUUUUUCACCGGUAUAUGUACCUGUAAAACUAGCGCAAGUUCCUAACAUAUUAGGCAUUCGCUUGCACGUAUAUGCACGUAAAUAGACGUAAACUAAAUAUCAGGGUUACUAAAGCUGACCUGAAUCAAAAUUAAUUUAGUUAUCAUUUAUCUAGUAUUAAUUUAUACAUCUGUUACCUAUUAGGUGUAUGAAUAUGUUUAGCAACGUUUAUGCAGCCGGUUGUUGAUUAUGGGAUCAAAGGAAGUGAGGUUUUCUGGAGCAAUGUGUUUUUGAAGCAGUUUUGUUUUUUUGUUGUUAUUAUCCAUUAGAAAAUGUUUACUUCUUCUGAUUGUACCAUAGGAAUCAAUUUUUUUUGGAUUAGCUUGUUUGCCGUCAGCUUGCACCUGCUAACUACCCAUAACAUCUCCUUCAGUAAAAUCCGAAUUAAAAGCUUAAACGAUUCCAAUUUAAAUUAUCUAAUAUGCGCGGACGGGAUUUUAGAAAAAAACGUAGAAUUCCGCGGGAAGUACGUAGUGUUAAAGAACUACAUAAUAGCUAAAAGACAGUUUAAAUGUUUGGAAAGUGUGACGUUGAGUGUGCCGGGGGAUUACAGGUUUUUGGAUAAUAUUGUGCCUUUGGUGGAAAGAUGGAGAGGGCCUAUCAGCGUGGCUUUAUACGCUCCCGGGUACGAUUUCUACAGCACUUUGCAGAGCAUAGCUUAUUUAAGACAUUGUUUCAAGACAUCUUCGUUAGUUAAAGAAUAUGUGACCUUUCAUAUUUUCUUCGAUAGCGAUCAUAUGCCGCAAAUGCACGAUGAACCAUUGUUGAACAUAUACCAAGACGAAUUCGACUGCGUGCAGAAACCCCCGUGGGAAACGAUAAAAGACGAAGAAAUGUACAAGCAAAGGACUCAACUUUUCUAUCCCAUAAACGUGGCCAGGAACGUGGCCAAAUUAAACGCACAAACGCAUUUCGUUUUCCCUUCCGACAUCGAACUCUACCCAACAAGGCACUUUAUAUCCAAGUUUUUCAACUUCACCCAACGCCAUCCCGAAUAUUUUCGCAGGGAAUCCCGGAACGUAUUCGUUUUUCCCUUGUUCGAAAUAGAAGAAGGGCACGACAUUCCAGCAAAUAAAACUGAGUUGCAAGAGAUGCUGAAAAAUAACACGGCCUUCUGGUUUCAUCAUAAGGUGUGCCGAAAGUGCCACGCUGUUCCAGAGAGCGAUUUGUGGAUAGAAGAAAAGGAAACUGUCGGUUUGAAGAUUUUUACGAGCGCCAAAAGACAACACAAUCAGAAAAUUUGGGAGCCGUUCUUCCUUUGUACUCAGAAGGAGCCGCUCUGGGACGAACGAUUGAAUUGGGAAGGGCAGGGGAAUAAAAUGUGCCAGGCAUAUUAUCUGUGCAUGCUAGAUUACAAUUUUUUGGUUUUCGACAACGCCUUCUUGAUACACAAACCUGGCAUUAAGAAAAAGAAAGUCCAAAAUAUCAAAUACAAGGAUGAACUGAAAAAAAAUAAUCAAAUUUUAAGGGACAUUUCCACGGAAUUGUCUAAAAUAUAUGGCAACAAUUCAAACUGCUUAAUACACAAUGUUUAUCACAUUAAAGAAUAAUCUAUAAAAAAAACCAUUUUAUAUUUACCUAUUUGUAGAAAAUGUUGGCGCCGGUAUGGUAUGCGGUCUACCAUAAUAUUUGAGGUCUACCUACAUAUAUUUCGUCGCCCAGGUAUAUUUAAAUACUUGACAGGGGUCAUAUAUUUUGCAAAACUGAAACUGAUGGUGUGAAUGUCUCACAAAACUGCAAAUGGUUGUGCAUAACUUUUUUCUAUCUCCUACACGACCUACCAGUUUUCGAGACCCCUGUACUAAACAUAAAAAAAACCUUCCCCUGUAUAGGUAAUUCUGAUAUAUAUUCCGUAAUUCUCGAUAAAUUAAAUUACUUUUAUCUGUAGUAUUUCCCCAAUUCUCGGUAAAUUAUAGAUUAUCUACAUGCUGUUUUAUAAAUUAAUAUACCAGUAAAUACCAUUUUUUCUGUUGCUAAAAUUUUCAAAAUAUCGCUUUAAUACUUUGUAUAAAAUACAUUUCGGUAGACUGCACUGAAC